UUAGAGUUUAUGUAGGAAAGAUGCCAAGAGGACGUGGAGGACGUGGAGGUCGUUUUGCAGCUAGACUUUUGUCAAUAAAUGUUCUACCACGUAAUGGAAAUCACACAUUGGCAUCGGCAUCAGCAUCGGCAUCGGCAUCGGCAUCAGCAUCGGCAUCGGCAUCGGCGUCGGCAUCGAUUCCCAUAGUAGCAUCAAGACCCUUAUCACCAUCCACGCCAUCUACGGCUACUAAUAAUGGUCAGGUUGGACAAGAUGCAGUUAGGCAACAAGGUGAUAUGGUUGACUCUGUAGGAGUGCAUGGACGCCUACGAAUUGAUGUUAAGGAUAAUAUGUUGACUAGCUCAGAUGUAUGUGCUAGAAAAAUUACUAAGUUGUUCAAAGAAAGAAUAGAUCCCAAUGGUUAUGCAUGGGGACAACUUAGUGUUGAGACAGUUGAAUUUUAUUGGGAAGAAUUCAAGAAAUUUUUUGAGUGGGAUGCUAGUAAAACUGUUGUAGUGUAUAAUGCUUGGGAGAUAAAGGCUAAAAGAAGAUAUGCUGAUUACAUAAGCAGAAUAAGGAAAAAGCCAAGACCUCCCUAUGUCCCACCCAAAAUAUGGACAAAAUGGAAUGAUGUUUGGAAUUCUGAGGAGGGCAAGAAGAAAACAGAAUUGGCUAAGAGAAAUAGGCGUGGAGGAGUUUUAACUGGAGUUGCUCAAUCUACCCAUACCACAGGAUCAACACCUCACGUAAAAGUUGCAGCUCAACUUGAAGGACAAUUGGGUCAUUGUCCAUCGUAUUAUGAACUGUUCAGGCAUACACAUACCAAACAACACGAUGGGCAAACAUUCAUAGCUGAAAAAGCGAAACAAAUUCAUGAACAAGUUGAAUCGCAACGGGAGAUGUUGGCAGAAAAUGGGGAGCAGGUGGAUGACAAUCAAUUAUACUAUGACGCGGUUGGUGGACACGAUAAGAAAAGAAGAGUUUAUGGACUUGGUUCAUAUGGUUGUUCUGUUGUUCAUGGUCCAACUAAUGAUAACACUUCUGGCAAUAUGACACCAACAUCACGACCACCCGAUAAUGCUACUUCUACUUCUGCAAAUGUACAACAAGAAAUUCAGAGUUUGAAGGAAACUAUUCUCCUUAUGCAACAACGACUUGAUGCUAUUGAUGGCGGGAGAGCGGGUACUUCAUCAUCACCUCCAUCUCAAAUCAAUUGAUUUUAAUGGUUGUUUGUUAGUGUUGUUUAGACUUGAAUUGACUAUUAUAUUAUGUAUUAAGUGUGGAUUGAUAAUGUAUUAUUAUGUUGUUUAGACUUGAAUUGACUAUUAUAUUA